GCCGCCGCGGCUAAAGCCGCGAUGGCCCUCAUCGCUCCUGGAGAGCCCGUUGAGGUCAUCAUGAGCAGUCCUCCCACGACCAAAGUCAAAGUCCCUGCCGCGGGCUCCGCGCCCACUGGCAGCGCUGGGCCUUUUCCGACGGCUGGGACCGGCCCGACGCAUUCUGGGACUGCGGUGGACGCAUUGUUCGGUUCUCGGGCCACCAUUGAGGACCGCGAGGGCUUCAAGGAUGUCACUGGUAGCAUGCGAUGGAAUAUGAUCGAGAAGGCCUACGUCAAGCCUCAGAGAACUACCUUACACUUGGUCGAUGAUAAAGGUGAGCGGAUUGCUUUUCGUCACAGGCUCAACCAGAGGGUCCAGAAGGUGGUCGUCCUUACUUACGCAAGGGGUGUCCUGCAGAACGGCGUGAUGGCGGCCAUGCGCGCCGCGCCGAUCGUCAUCGCAGGGGACGGCGGCAAGAUGGAGAUCAUUGGCGGGGGGACCUUGGUCGACUCCAUCUUCGUGGCCAAGAGCAUGCAGCCAGAGAACCCGCACGUCGUGCGGGCGCUGGCGACAGGCAUCCCGAACUGCAUCGAGUUCGACAGUAGGACCCCAGACGACGUCAUCACGUGGGUGAAGAACGAGCAUAACAACUGGCACAGUGGAUCGAAGUACUCGUGCCUCGAGAUGUACAACGAGCUCGAGACCAUCGAAGCUGCCUGGAAGGAGCACAAGACGAAGCACAAUAUCACGGUGCAUGGGUGCCCGAGCUCCGGAGACCUGCGAUAUUCUAAGCUGUUCGAGAAGUUUGUGCUGGAGAACUUCGAAGGCGUCUUCGAGGACGGCGCUCACUUGACCAACGCGAGGUCGUUCGCGAAUGCCAUGAAGGAGAUGGGCAUCUGGGAGUGGUACAAGGACCUCCUCGGCGAGCGUUGCGACUUCCUUCGGCCAGGGCUCUCCAACCAAGUGGUUGCCUUCAACAACUACAACGUUCUGAACCUGCUCCGCACCAGAUUCAGCGACACGAUCGACGAGGGCUUCCUUACCGACAUCAUCAAGGAGUGCGUGAGGUUCAUGGUCCCGCUGGCCGAUGUGGGUUCUGCGAAUUCAGGGUCUGGCGGCAAUGGCAGGCCCGGGGCUGAGGAGUGGUUGUUUGACAAGAUGCAGAUGAAGCUGAUCAGGCUGCUCAUCUGUCCGAUGGGCGGCUCCGUCCUCUACAAGGAUGACAAGCAGGAGAAACUUCGUCAGAAGAGGGCUGCGAAGGAAUCUCGCAAGGAGCCCAAGAAGGUGGCGAAGAAGGACAAGAAGGACAACGUCAGGCAGCAGCAGAAGCCGAAGCUCACAGUGGACGAAGAGGUGAUGAGCUUAGAGACCAUGGGUCGGGACAAACUGUUUCUCGACGACCUGGCGGCCGUGAUCACCGCGCCCCUGAAAGACCUCGAGGCAGACGACAUCAACCGCGCCGAGAUCGCGUUGGUCAUUCGCGAUGGCCUUCGCUUCUGCUUCAAGGGUGAGAUCUGGAUCGCAGGGGAGACCAAAGUCGCGUGGAGCCACGUCAGGAAGGCUCUUCGCGGCGACAUCAUCAGGAUCCAUGCGACUCCGCUGAUGAAGCUCCCGGGCCUGGCUGGCGACCUUGAGAAUGCUUCGUCCGAGGAGAUCACGAGCUCUCUCCUGCACCUGUUGGCGGUGGAUGACCUUGAGGAGGCGGCGCCAGCUGGGUCGGCGAUGGCGGGCGUAGGGGCAGGAUCCGAGGUUAAGAAGUUCUACACGCCGCAGAUCGCGGCCAUCCUCCAGGAGGAGCAGUCUGGGCUCCUGGACCUUUCAAGCUUCGUGAAGUCCAAUCUCAUGUCGGCGCUCCCAGCUCGCGUGCACCCCGCCUUCAUCUCGCUGAGCUCUGUCAUUUCAAACAACAUGGUGCAUUGGGACGUCGGUGUGAAGAAUAAUCUCGAAGCCAUCCUGACGCAGAUCUCCGCCCCGCUGCUGGAUGCCAUCCCCCACUGGUGGGUGCGAUUUGCUCAGUUGGUGCCAUUGGCCAUAAAGGAGCAGAAGUCCACCGUUGAAUAUGCUUCCGGAGGUGUGUUCCCCACUGCAGACACUCUGGAGCAGUUCAUGUCGCUGCGCAUCCACUACAUGAUUGAGCUGCUCUUGAUU